CAUAAUUCUUACGUACGCGGCUGGGACGAAAUAUACACUUCAAUACUAUAGUGAAAAAGCUUGUCUCGCCGUGUGUUUUUCGCAGAAACAAACUUCAUAAUUUUAUUUUUACAAACAAGAAAAAACAAACUUCAUAAUUUUAUUUUUACAAACAAGAAAAAACAAACUUCAUAAAUUUUACGUACGCGGCUGGGACGAAGUAGUUGGUCUAUACACUUCGAUAUUCAUUCUUUUUUUUUUGCUAAAAGGCUUUCCUUCAAUAUUCAUUCCAAAUGUGGUAGUCUCGUAAUAUGUUUUAUAACAAUUUUUUUUUUUUUUGGAAAUCCGGAAGAUACCAAAGCAGAUAACAUCAAGUGUGUUGUUUUAUACUAAUAAAUAUAUUUAUAUAUAAAAAUAGAGCGAUUGGGUCCAUUUCCUUUAUUCAAUAUAGACUUAUUGCGUUGUUUUGGUCCCAUUCUCUCGCUCUCUUCUAACUUUUUUUUUUUGAACAACUCUCUCUUCUAACUUUUUUUUUUGAACAACUCUCUCUUCUAACUCUUACCCAAAAUAUUAAUGCAUAUAAAUAUUUUGAGUGACUGAGAAAAAUGAUAGGCAACAUUUUACCAACCUUUCUUCUUCUUCUUCUUCUUCUCAUAUCAAAGUUUCUCUCUCAUUUCUUCAUCACUUCGCUGCCCUGCUUUUUUUCCUUAUUUUGAAUAGUUCUCGAACUUUAUUUUUCUCCUGAAACUCUUUGCAUAAAUCAUAACACAAAAACCGAAUAAGAGACCGUCAAAAUUGUUAUUAUCCUAUUAGUGUAAAACAAUGGUUGCAUCAGCUUCAGAGAGUACGUCAGUUGAGGAAUAUUACAGCCGCCAAGUGGAGAGAGUGACACAACUACCCAACUCUGCUUCUGACUUAGUGGUUGACUCAAGCAAGGCAGAGCAAAACGAAAACUCAAAGAAGGCGAAACGUGUUAGAGACUCCGGUAAGCCCGCUUACCCGGUUUAUCGCGGUGUAAGGAUGAGGAACUGGGGCAAAUGGGUGUCGGAGAUUCGUGAGCCGAGGAAGAAGUCUCGUAUUUGGCUCGGAACUUUCCCCACGCCGGAAAUGGCGGCGCGUGCGCACGACGUUGCAGCUUUGAGCAUUAAAGGGGCCUCAGCUAUACUGAACUUCCCUGAACUAGCUGACUCAUUCCCUCGACCUGUCUCGCUAAACCCUCGAGACAUUCAGACAGCAGCUCUCAAAGCAGCACACAUGGUACCAACGACGUCGUUCACGUCUUCUUCAUCGUCUUCUACUUCUUCACUCGAGUCUCUAGUUAUGGUGAUGGACCUCUCGAACACUGAGUCGGAGGAGCUUGAUGAGAUCGUGGAGCUGCCAAGUCUCGGGGCGAAUUACGACGUCCACGCGGCUACCUUUGGGAACGAGUUCGUGUUCUCUGACUCAGUCGACUACUGUUUAUAUCCUCCACCGUGGGGGCAGUGGUCGGAAGAUAGCUACGGAAUCAGCCCUAGUUUCAACCAAGGCUUGUCAUGGGAUCAAUUUGAUUCUCUUUAACGACGUUUUUAAUCAAUUUAAUUUUUUUUGUCAAGGUAAUCAGUUUGAUUUUUGUAUCAUUAUUAUAAGUAAUGUACGUAGUGUUUAAUACCGUGUUUAUGAACCCUUUUUGUGUUAGUUAAGCAAGGGUUUGUUUUUUUGGUGCGUGUGUGAGCUCCAUAAUGAAUUCGUGUGUAAAACAUUCGCUAAA